AUGUUUGGGUGGGGGUUGUGGGUUUUUGUGGUGUGUGGGGUUUUUGGUAUGGUGGUGGAUAUUGUUGAUGUUGUGGUGUGUGUUUUGUUGGGGUUUGGUGGGUUGUGUUGGUGGUGGUGUUGGUGGGGGGGGUGUUGGGUUGGGGUGGUGGGUGGGUUGUGGUGGGGUGGGGUGGUGUGGGGGGUUUUUGGGGGGGGGGGGGGGGUGUUGGGUGUUUUUGUUUGUGUUGGUGGGGGGGGGUUGGUGGUGUGGUGUGUGGUGGGGUGUUGUUUGUUUUUGGUGUUGGUUUGUUGUGGUUGGUUUUUUUUUUUUUUUUUGGGUGUGGUUGUGUGGGUUGGGUGGUUUGGGGUUUGGUGUUGUUUUGGUGUGGUGGUGUUUGGGGUGGUGUGGUGUGUGUUGUGUGGGGGGUGGGUGGUUUGGGUGGGGGGUGGUGGUGGGUUUGGGGGGUGUGGGGUUGUGUGGGUGUGUUGUGGGUGGUUGGGUUUUUGGUGGUGGGGGGUGGUAGUUGGGAGUUUGGGUGUGGGGUGGGGGAGGUGGGGUGUAUGGGGUUGGGUGGUGGGGUGUGGGUGUUUUGUGUGUGGGUGGUGUUUGGGGGUGUGGUGUGGGGGUGGGGGGUGGGUGUGUUGUAUGGGGGUUGGUUGUGUGGGGUGGGUGUUGUUGGGUUGGGGGGGUUGUUGGGGUGUUUGGUGUGGGUGGGUUGUUUGUGGUGGUUGUGUGGUGUAUAGGUGUGUAGUGGAGGUGGGUGUUGGGUGUGUGGGGGGUAUUUUGGUUUGGUUUAUGGUGGGGUGGGGGGGUGGUUGUUGUGGUUGGGUGGUUGGUUGGUUUGUGUUGUGUUUGGGGUGUUGGUGGGGGGGGGUGGUUGGUUGGGGUUUGGUGUUUGUGUGGUGUGUUGUUUGGGGUUGUUUGGUGAUUUUUGGGGUUGGGGGAUUUGUUUUAGUUUUGGUUUUGUUAUGGGGGGGGGUUUUUGUUUUGGUGGUUUUGGGGUUGGGUGGGGUUGGUUGUGGUGGGGGGGUGUGGGGUGUGGUGAGGGGGGGGUGGUGGGUGGGGGGUUGGGUGGUGGGUGUGGUGGGUUUGUUGGUGUGUGGGGGGGUGGGUUUUUGUGGGGUAGUUGUGGUUGUGUGUGGGGGGGGUGGUUGGGGGGGUUGGGUUGUGUGGGUGUGGGUGGGGGGUGUGAGGGGGGGGGGGUUUGGUUGUUGUGUUGUGGGUGGGUUGGUGUGUUGGGGGGGGGGGUUUGGUUUGGGUUGUGGGGUGUUUUGGGGGGUUGGUGUGUGGGGGGUUGGGUGGGGGGGGAGGUUGGGGGUUUGGUGGUGUGGGUGGUUUUUUUAUUUUGGGGGGGGGGUGGUUGGGGGUUGUGUUGUUGGGGGUGUGGGGUGUGUUUUUGGGGGGGGUUUUUGGGUGGGGUGGGUGUGUUUUGGGGGGUGGGUUUGGGUGGGGUGUGGGGGAGGGUUUUGGGUGGGGGGGGUGAGUUGUGGUGUGGGGGGUUGUGGUGGUUGGGGGGGGGGGGGGGUGGGGUUGGGGUGUGUGGGGUGGUGGGGUUGGGGGGGUGGGGGUGUGGGGUUUGGGUUGGGGGUGGGUGGGUGGGGGUGUGUGGUGGGUGUGGGGGGGUGGGGGGGUGGGGGGUGGGUGGGUGGGGGGGGUGGGGGUGGGUGGGGGUGGGGGGGGGGGGGUGGGGUGGGGGGGGUUGUGGUUUUGGUGUUUGGUUGUGGAUUUUUGUGGUGUAUUUUUUGGGGUUUUUUUGGGGGUGUUUGGGUUGUUGGGAGGUUGUAUGUGGGAGGUGGGUUUGUGGGGUGGGGUUGGUUAUUGUGGGUGGUGGUUUUGGGUUGGUUUGUUGUUGGGGGUUUGGGUGGUGGGGUGGUGUGGGUGUGGUGUUGGGGGUGUUUUGUGGUGUGUGUGUUGUUGGUGGGUGGGGGUGUGUGGGGGGUUGGUUUUGGGGGUGUGUGUGUGGGGGGGGGUGGGGGGGUGUGGGGGGGUGGUUGUUGGGGGUGGGGGGUGUGGGUGGGGGAGGGGGGUUGUGGGGGUGGGGUGGGGGUGGUUUUGUGGGGUGGUUUUGUGGUUGUGGGGGUGGGGUUUAUGUGUUUAUUGGGGGGUGUGUUUGGGGGUGGGGGUGAUGGUGGGGGGUGUGUGGGGGGGUGGUGUGUGGGGGGUGUGGGGGGUGUGGUGUUGGGUGGUGGGGGUGGGGGUGUGGGGGGGGGGGGGUUUUUGUGGUUUGGGUGGUGUGGUUUUUUUGGGGGGGGGGUAUUGUGA